GUCAGGCUGGCCCAGCGCUCAGCUGGGAGCCGAGCUCGGGGUUCUGCGGGCCAAGCCUGGCGCCGCUGCUCAGCCCGGGCUCGGCAGCGGGUGCUGUGGGGGGCGGGCCCGGCUGCCCUGAGGCCCCGGUGGCUAAGCAUCUCCAGGUGGCUGCCCCCGGCUGGAGCUCCAGAGGGCUACCGGGCCCGCUGCCGCGUGACCAGCCGUAGUCACGCUGAGCUUAAUCACUGCUAGCUCGUGCUCCCGCCGGCGGUGCUCAUCUUCGCCGAGCUGCGCGACCCAGAGGGUUUCUCUUAAGGUGGCUUGUUCUGAAAUGCCCAAGGCACCUGACUAUUCAGAACUGAGUGACUCUUGCACGCUUGCUGGGGGAACAGGAAGAUUUUCGGGACCACUGCACAGAGCAUGGAGAAUGAUGAACUUCCGUCAGCGGAUGGGAUGGAUUGGAGUGGGAUUGUAUUUGCUAGCAAGUGCAGCAGCAUUUUACUAUGUUUUUGAAAUCAAUGAGACUUACAACAGGCUGGCUCUGGAACACAUUCAGCAGCACCCUGAGGAGCCUCGGGAAGGAACCACAUGGACACACUCCUUGAAAGCGCGUUUACUAUCCCUGCCCUUUUGGUUGUGGACAGUUAUUUUUUUGAUACCGUAUUUACAGAUGUUUUUGUUCCUUUAUUCUUGUACAAGAGCGGAUCCCAAAACGGUGGGCUACUGUAUCAUUCCCAUAUGCUUGGCCGUUAUCUGUAAUCGCCACCAGGCAUUUGUCAAGGCUUCUAAUCAGAUCAGCAGACUACAACUGAUCGACACAUAAAACCAGUCACCGUUUUUCCCUUAUUACACGACUGCCAGUACUGUAUGGAGGCUGACCACAAGACUGCAGUUUCUUUACAGAUCUCAGGAAGUUGUGGUGGAACAGAGACUUUUUUAAAAAUGUGACAAGAGGACCACUUUAUCUGAAUAAUGACUUUUUAGGUAAAGCCUGAGAUAUAGUCCUACAGAAUCAUGUUAAUGACUUCAGAUUUCGGAAGUAAAAUAGUGGCUUGUUAUAUUCAUUCUUUAGAAACUUGAAUAAGUACCUGAAUUUUUAUUUCUAUUCUAUGUGCAACAUAGUAUGAUUCAGAAAAUUUUCCGUUGGGGAAAACAAUGAAUAAUUUCCAUUGUGUUAAGUGUAAAAAGGUCUAACCAUGAUGAUAAAAUUUAAAUUUUAUACA